AAACGACGUGCGAAAUAGUUUCUAGCUUGCAAAGAAAACCAGUGUGCGAUCGAGCGAAAUGUCGGAGGCGACGAACGAAAUACCGCUUGACCGCAAGCUGAACGAAAUUUUCGACGAAGGGUACAGCGCCAUGAACCGCUUGGAUGAAAAUGCGGCACUGCCUUCGAAUGCACCCGAAUUUCAGGUAGCGGUAAAGAAAACGAUCGGCCAUUUCGAGGAUGCUACCCGUCUCGUCAGCCUGGUCGGGAUGUUCAGCACGAACGAAUCGUACGAGGAGGUGCCAACGGAAAACCUGCGCUACUUUCUGCUGCCCUUUUUCCUCGGCAAAAUGACGCUCCGGCUGUGCAACACAAACCGCGAGGAGGUGGUGGAGGUGGCCGAGGUUUACUUUAAGGAUUUCCUAGCGCGCUGUGAAAACUACAAGCUGUACGAAACGCCCGACCGGGACACGGGCGAGCUAGCGAUUGUGCCCGGUGGGCAGAGCGACAAGAUACGCGAGCUGCAGCGAAUGGGCGCACAGCGCAACGAAAAGAUCCGCAAAUUCCAGGAGAAGAAGGAGCUGGACGAAAAAGUCAAGCAGCUGCGGUACGUGGUCGAGCAGCCGGAGGCAAAAAUCGACGACGAGAUGAAGCGCGAGUUUUUCCUCUCCCUGCUGAAAUCGGCCGUCCUGGAGGCGCAGGAGGAGCUGGAAAGUGUGGCGCGCGAAAAACAGAUGCUGCAGUACCGGGCGGCCGCCAAACUGCGCGGCGAGGACGAGCUGGAGGAAGCAAGCCACGGUGCGUUCGGCAGCGGCACCAACAAGCGACCGCCGGUGCAACCGCUGAAGCCGAUCAUCAUUACGCGGGACGCGGUACAGAAGGCCGUGUACGGGCGGGGCUACCCCAGCCUGCCCACCAUGACGGUGGCCGAGUUUUACGAGCAGCGGGUAGCGGAGGGCAUCUUCCCCGACCCGGAACGGAUGAAGGAGGUGAACAAAAACUCGCUCAUGAACCGGGUGCACAUGGACAAUGCGGCCGAGCAGGAUCGCGAGGACGAGCAGCAGGAGCAGCUGAUCGAGCGGGACGACGAGGAGUACCUGGCCCGGCAGCGGGCAAAGGACGAGUUUAAGGAUGAGCAUCGCCGUGGCGAGGGCAACCGGUACAACCGUAGCUAAGGGGGCUUUGACGCCUACUGUGCGGUUCGUUCGAAAUUAGUUUGUAUUUUUCCUUUUCUCUUUUACCACACACGAUCACAACAACUCACUCGGCAUGUUGCGGCAGCUUCAUAAAAAAAAUAGAGAAGUGCGUUCGCGGAAUGCGCUGCGGCAAUAUGAAUGUAUUUCGUGAUUUUGGAUAAAUUGUUAAGCUUACACAACGUA